UACAUUCGUUAUUUUACAGACGAAUGUUGGAAAACGACAUUAGUUGAAAAUGGAUUUAAAUCCGUCAGGUUUGGAACAGACAGGCAUCAAGAGGAGCAGAGAUACACUCAAAGCGCAGCUUCAGAGUAUAAGAGCUUUGUGUAAAGAGAAACGGAUAUUAAAGCAUGUUCUUCUCUCCAUCCUGAAUGUUAAAUAUGGUUUAGAGGAAAACAUAUUCUAUAUUCAACAAAUCCCCCCGGUUCACGUGACUGAUGGCGUAAAUAUUAAAGAUAUAUUGCUGAGUUCUACUAAUGAUCAAAUAGUAUCUAUAAAUACAGUUUGUCAGCUGGGUUCAGCCUGGUUAAACGAAGAUGUAGAUUUGAAUAUCAGCUUCCUGGAGACUCAAGAGGAGGAACAUGGUCCUGAAGUAUCCGGUCCUGUAAAUCCUGUAGAUAUUACAGCUGAAUGUGAGGAUAUCAAGGUUGAGAUUGAUGAUUACUCCGGGAUUUUGGACGAGGAGAAACCAGUUUUUAAUUGUUUACUUGAUAAUCAGCAGGAAGCAGGUUCAGGUUUGAUCGAAAAUGGCUCCUUUGAUAUGAAAGAUAUUUCAUUGAAGGAUAAAUAUAAAUGUGAUGAAUGCGAUUAUAUGGCUACCUUACCCUGCUACUUGAAGAGACACAAACAGUACAAACACGAGGAGAAACAGUUCUAUUGUGAUGUAUGUGAUUAUGUUGGGGCAUCAAAUGCCACCCUGAAAAAGCACAAACAAAGUAAACACGCAAACGUUCGGCAUUCUUGUGAAGAUUGUGAAUUUGCAACAAGUGACCUGUCUAGUUUAAGAAAGCACGUGAAGAGAAAACAUUCUGGUAUAUCCUAUCCGUGUGAUCAAUGCGACCAUGUAUCCAGCAGUAAAUUCUUUCUUCUAAAACACACAGAGGUUAAGCAUGCUGGUUCAAGUCCUAUCAAUCCUCCUAUAAAUACUAUAGAUAAAGGAGUUGAGUAUUCCUGUGAGGAGUGUGAAUAUGUUACAACUAAAUCUGAGAAUUUAAAGCAACACAAAUUACACAUGCACGAGGAAAAGAACUUCAUGUGUGAUCUAUGUGAUUACGCAGCGUCGACUAAAACGGUGCUGAAGUUUCACAGAGAAAGCAAACACGAGGGGAUUCGGCAUCCUUGUAACAAAUGUGAUUUCUCCGGCGUUGAUAAGUCUAGUUUGAGAAGACACAUGAAAAGAAAGCAUGAGGUUGUGUCCUACUCUUGUAGGGAGUGUGGGUUCUCUUCUUCAACCCGAGGUCUGAUGCAGGCACACAAGAAACUUCUUCAUGAAGAUGGUCAGAUUAGUUCUCAACUCAAUGGGGCGGAGUUAGGAAAUUUGGAACCAGAGAAAGAGUCGUAUCUGUGCCACCAAUGUGACUUCACAACAGCUCUCCUCUCUGCCUUAAAAGAACACAUUUUCAAAAUUCAUGAGAAUUCUCGUUUUAAAUGUGAUCUCUGUGACUAUGAAGCAAGCAGUAAAUUCUACUUGAAAUUCCAUAGACUAAGUAAACACGAAGGGGUGAAAUACAAAUGUGACGAGUGUGAUUACGAAACUGGAUAUAUCUACUCUAUUAAGAGCCACAAGGAAAGAAAACAUGGGAGCAAUAAGUAUUACUGUGAUAGAUGUGAAUAUUUUUCUACGACUAUGGAAGAUUUAAAAAAGCAUAUUAAGAACAAACACGAAGGUGCAAAGUAUCCUUGUAAAGAAUGUGACUAUGUUGGGAAUCAGGCCAGUAACCUGAGCAGUCACUACAGGAGCGUCCAUAAAGGAGUUCGGUUUUCUUGUGAGCAAUGUGAAUAUAUUACACCAUGUAGUUCAACUUUAAAGCGACACAUAGAAGAGAAACAUAUGGGAAUUAGGCAUCCCUGUGAGUUCUGUGACAAUUCAUUUACAAAUUCUAGAAAUUUGAUUCGUCAUAUAAAAAGUAAACACAAAAAGCCUCAAUAAGUUUCAAGAAUUUGUUAAUGUUUUUAGUUUAGUGUGUCAUAUUCAUUAUUCAUAUUAUAUGCACUACACAGUAUAGAGGUGUAUAUAUUUUCUUGAUAAAUCGGCAUUUACCUUUCCGUAACAUUCGUAUAUUUAACAGGAAAGAAAGAGGUAUUUUUUCUACAGCACUGCUCUGUAACCUCAACAAUCUCUCCUAUAAUAAUUUCAUCGCAAAGUUCUUUUUUCUUCCCUGAAAGCUUAAGUAUCGAAAGGGGAGGGAGGGAAUUCUGGUAAAUAUAUACUUCUGUAGAAGUAAACAUUUGUUGUUGACAAAUUAUGUAAAAUAUAUAGUCAUUUCAGA